AUGAACAAUCGUAUUUGGUGGAAUGGUCCUUCUUUUUUCGCUGUAGAAGAGCAUCAUUGGCCUCCGAGCAGUUCUUCAAGUACAUUAGACGCUCAUUCGGAACAGGAAUGUAUAAUAAGCGCAGUUUCCAAGGUCACUGUUUUUAUCAUUAAUGAUUUAUUAAUUAAGUAUUCAAAUUUAGACAAGAUAUUGCGAAUCAUCGCACGUUGUUUAAGAUUCUUUCCUGAAUAUCGUCGUAAAUUCAAUGGAGAGUUUAUAUCUCAUCAGGAAAUAGCAGCAGCUUUAAUUGUUGUUUACAGAAGCAUUCAAAGAGAAGCGUUUCCAGAGGAGUACGCUCAGUUAUCCAAAAAUAAGCCUAUCAGCAAUUCGAGCAAUUUGUUGUCUUUAUCUCCAUUUUUUGACGCAAAUGGUUUGAUUAGAGUAGGAGGAAGAUUAAAAAAUUCUGAUAUGGCCUAUGAAGCAUGCCAUCCAAUAUUGUUACCGAAACAUAAAUUUACUGAGCUCAUGAUUCAACGUGAACAUAUUCGAAACCUUCAUUCGGGAUUGCAGGCGACCAUAGCAGUUGUCAGGUCGAGAUUUUGGCCAUUGUCGGUACGUUCUAUCACCCGAAAGGUUAUUCGCGAAUACAUCAUUUGUUUUAAGCAUAAGCCAGUUAUUCCGCAAGCAAUAAUGGGCAAUUUACCUGAAAAUAGAGUAACUGUUUCAAGACCAUUUAGUCAUACCGGGGUAGACUAUGCAGGUCCGAUGUUUCUAAAGGAAUCCAAGCGGCGCAACGCGAAACUUAUUAAAUCAUAUGUAGCAUUAUUUGUUUGUUUCGCGACAAAGGCAGUUCAUAUAGAGGUAGUAAGCGAUCUGACAUCUCAAGCAUUUUUAGGUGCGUUCAAGCGUUUUAUUUCACGUCGUGGAAAACCGAAUUGCAUGUACUCCGAUAACGGAACAGCAUUCGUAGGAGCGAAAAGGCAGAUGAAAGAGUUUAGUGAAUUCCUCAAUAGCGAUCAGAUGAGCAACGAGCUCAUAAAUUUUUUACGCGAUAAUGAAACCGCGUGGCAAUUUAUCCCAUCACAUGCGCCUCAUUUUGGUGGAUUAUGGGAGUCUGCCAUAAAAUCGACUAAGACACACUUACAUCGAAUUGUAGGUAAUGCGAACCUCACGUUUGAGGAAUUACAAACUGUAUUAUGCGAGAUCGAAGCGAUGUUGAAUUCGCGUCCGUUGACACCGCUUAGUACAGAUCCUAAUGAUUUACAUUGUAUUACUCCAGGGCAUUUUUUGAUUGGCACAGCGUUAAACAGUUUUUUAGUCCCUGACCUCGUAGAUGUUCCAGUCAAUCGACUGCUACGCUGGGAAAGAGUGGAGCAACUCCGACAGCAUUUUUGGAAGCGGUGGAGCUCGGAGUAUUUACAUACGCUCAUCGAAAGAUAG